AUGCUUAAUUUUUCAAAAGAAGCACAAGCCAGUACGGAAGAUAGUAACAAGUCAUCCAACGACACGUCAAAGGUCGCUUCUCCACCCAGACCAGAAGAUGCCUCGGCUGCCUACGAGAGCGAUUUCGAGAGCGAGAUCCCGUCUGAGACACCACGGAGUGUCAGUGAGAUCUCUGAACAUCUCACAGAGAAAGACAAAGACGCCUCACUGAUCAGUGAGGCCCAGCACGGCUCAUACAAAUCCCAGGAUGAUGACCACGACCUUACUUUAACACAAUCAUCAUCAAGUUGCCGCUCAGACUCUUGUUCGAGGUCGAGCUCAUCCAAUGCAACGGUCACACAUGACCCCAGUCCUGACCGUCACGUGAAGGAGGCUGCAGUACAGACUCAGACAGAUGGACUUACUUACACAUGGUCUUCUGGCAUGGCUGCGGUCGGUCCGUCGGUGGGCAUGACGUACGUGGACCCCACCCCAAUAGCCAGUCAUACAGUCAGCGCUGAAGCCAUUGAGAGCCUGACGGCAUACAGUCCUGCCGUUUGCGCACUCAACGACAUGUUGAGGCAGCAGCUGAACCUCACUAGAGCCUUCAUCGACUCCACCAGACAUCACUACACUUCGGUGAUCGAGUCACUGGGACCUGCUGAUUACAAAUACACCACAUUAAAGGAUACCAAAGAGUUUAUUCGCAAUCACAGACCACCCAAACUGAGUAUUGAAGACGCUUUAGAGGAAGUUCUACAGGAAAUGAGAGACUAUCACUGCAGCUGAAUAAACAUGAUCAGUGUUUUGGAUGCAUCAUCCAUAGAUCAUCGUUUCAAUAACGUGCCUAAAUAAACUUCUUUUUAAAAAAAAAAAA